UCGGCAGAGCGCGGCCAUGGCUCGGGGUCCCAAGAAGCACCUGAAGCGCGUAGCAGCUCCAAAGCAUUGGAUGCUGGAUAAAUUGACAGGAGUCUUUGCACCCCGUCCAUCAACAGGUCCCCACAAAUUGCGGGAAUGCCUUCCACUCAUCAUCUUCCUUAGGAACAGACUCAAGUAUGCCCUGACAGGAGAUGAGGUCAAGAAGAUCUGCAUGCAGAGGUUCAUCAAGAUUGAUGGAAAAGUCCGUACUGACAUCACCUAUCCUGCUGGCUUCAUGGAUGUCAUCAGUAUUGAGAAGACAGGUGAGCACUUCCGCCUGGUAUAUGACACCAAGGGUCGUUUUGCAGUUCACCGCAUCACAGCUGAAGAGGCCAAGUACAAGCUGUGCAAGGUGAGGAAGAUAUUUGUGGGCACUAAAGGAAUCCCUCACCUGGUGACCCAUGAUGCCCGUACCAUCCGCUACCCAGAUCCCCUCAUCAAGGUGAAUGACACUAUCCAGAUUGACCUUGAGACUGGCAAGAUCACAGACUUCAUCAAGUUUGACACAGGUAACCUGUGUAUGGUGACUGGUGGUGCUAACUUGGGCCGUAUUGGUGUGAUCACUAACCGGGAGAGACACCCAGGUUCGUUCGAUGUGGUGCACGUGAAGGAUGCCAAUGGCAACAGCUUUGCCACCAGGCUCUCUAACAUUUUUGUUAUUGGCAAAGGUAACAAGCCAUGGAUCUCCCUGCCUCGUGGAAAGGGAAUCCGUCUGACCAUUGCUGAAGAGAGAGACAAGAGACUGGCAGCCAAACAGAGCAGCAGUUAAACCCUCAAAAGUGGACAAACAGCAGGCCAUUUCCUUUGUCAAAUAAAAUUGUUACCAACUAAAA